UGCAUUUCUGUUUAUUCCUUCCCUGUGGCUUAACCAUUAAAGUCAGACAUAAUCCAGUGAAGUAUUUGAUUAACCUCUAAGACUCACAUAUUGUAAUACUGGGAACUUUGUGCCUUGGAUUAGUUGUUUUUGGUUUUCAUUUUCCCCUGAAAUGUGGAAAAAUACUUUUUUCUUGUUUUUUAUAUUAUCUGCAUGUGCAGAAGAACUCUGUAAGCCAGAUGCUUCGAACGGCUAUAAAGUUCGACUCAGCUUAAAAACGGCUCUGGGCGAUGAUGCUUACACCUGGAAUAAAAAUGAAAUGUUCCUUUUCCAAUCAACGCUGGCUUUUGCUAUGAGGACGUCUCACACAGGACAGUCGUAUGAAAUUUCAAACAUUGUUGUGUGUAAUGAGACGGACAGAGUGUCGUUCUGGUUUGUGGUGACUUCCCCAGGAAACCCUACAGAGCUGGUGGAGAACUAUAUAGUCGAGGAGGCCAUCAGGAAGUCCCGACAUCGCAUCAACAGUGCCUUUCUCCUCACUGAUAAGACCCUGGAGUUUGUCGGCAUCCUUCCCACCCUCGCAACACCAGUCAGCUAUGACACUCCCCCGUGGCUCAUUGUGUUUGGGGUGCUGAUGGGUAUCAUUGUUGCCGGCAUCAUCGUUCUGCUCGCAUCAUCGAUUGUCAAACGCAAACGCAAAACUAGAAGAACAGAUGAAGAGGAGGCUGAUGAAGAGACGAGGGUGAAAACUAUGGACAAUGGUGUUUACAACAUGUCAUUUUCAGUUGAGGACAAACUCACUCAGAUGUGAUGUGAGUUUUUGUAAAUUACAUUGAAUGUAAACAUCAGAUGGUGAAACAUGUCAUCAGUUUAUUUAGUCCAGGUUUUCUAAAAUGUGCUUUUAAAUCAGACUGACACAUAGGUGUCUAGACUGCAAACCGAAAUUGUGGGAAUAAUUUUGACAGUGGUGGGAUUAUCAUGGACUCAGGUCUCAGAGGUUGAUUGACUAUUGCAGGUUAAAACCUUAAUACUUUUGUGUCACUGGUUAGAGAUGUGUUAAAAAAAUU